UAGCUCAGGACCGGCGGGGCUGCGCGGCGCAUCCUGCGGGUGGCGGCGGCGGGCGCGGCGCCGGCAGCCGGGCGCAAGAUGAUGAAGUUUCGGUUCCGGCGGCAAGGCGCCGAUCCGCAGCGCGAAAAGCUCAAGCAGGAACUCUUCGCCUUCCACAAGACUGUGGAGCAUGGCUUCCCCAACCAGCCCAGCGCCCUGGCCUUCGACCCUGAACUUCGCAUUAUGGCAAUUGGCACCAGGUCUGGAGCUGUCAAAAUCUAUGGUGCACCCGGUGUGGAAUUCACGGGCCUGCACCGGGAUGCGGCCACUGUCACUCAGAUGCACUUCCUGCCUGGUCAGGGCCGCCUCCUAACCCUGCUAGAUGACAGCAGUCUGCAUCUCUGGGAAAUCAUCCAUCAUAAUGGCUGUGCCCACCUGGAGGAGGCACUCAGUUUCCAGCUGCCCAGCCGGCCUGGCUUUGAUGGUGCCAGCACCCCGUCCAGCCUCACCCGUAUCACAGUGGUUCUGCUGAUGGCCGCUGGCAACACGGCAGCUCUGGGCACUGAGGGAGGUAGCAUCUACUUCCUGGAUGUCACUACCCUGGCACUGCUUGAGAGGCAGACCCUCAGCCCAGAUGAGGUUCUGCGCAGUGUGCCAGACGACUACCGCUGUGGAAAGGCUCUGGGCCCUGUGGAGUCACUCCAGGGACACCUCCGGGACCCCACCAAGAUUCUUAUUGGCUACAGCCGGGGCCUGCUGGUCAUCUGGAACCAGGCUGCACAGUGUGUUGACCACGUCUUCCUGGGGAACCAGCAGUUGGAGAGUCUUUGUUGGGGGCGCAACAGUGGUACCAUCAUCAGUUCGCACAGUGAUGGCAGCUAUGCCAUCUGGCCCGUGGACACUAGCGGCUCCCCAACUCUGCAGCCCUCCGUAGCCACCAUUCCCUAUGGCCCCUUUCCCUGCAAGGCCAUCAACAAGAUUCUGUGGCGGAACUGUGAAUCGGGGGGCCACUUCAUCAUCUUCAGUGGUGGUAUGCCCCGCGCCAGCUAUGGUGACCGCCACUGUGUGAGUGUGCUGCGAGCUGAGACGCUGGUGACGUUGGACUUCACCUCCCGCAUCAUUGACUUCUUCACAGUGCAUAGCACACGGCCUGAGGAUGAAUUCGACGACCCACAGGCUCUGGCUGUGCUUCUGGAAGAGGAACUGGUGGUGCUUGACCUACAGACACCUGGCUGGCCAUCUGUGCCUGCCCCUUACCUGGCCCCGUUGCACUCAUCGGCCAUCACCUGCUCUGCCCAUGUUGCUAAUGUCCCUGCCAAGCUGUGGGCCCGCAUCGUGAGUGCUGGCGAGCAGCAGAGCCCCCAGCUCAUCUCCAGUGCCUCGAGCUGGCCCAUUACUGGGGGCCGGAACCUGGCCCAGGAGCCAUCACAGCGAGGGCUGCUGCUGACUGGCCACGAGGAUGGCACUGUGCGGUUCUGGGAUGCAUCUGGUGUGGCGCUGCGGCCGCUCUACAAGCUGAGCACAGCUGGCCUCUUCCAGACAGACUGUGAACAUACCGACAGCCUGGGCCAGGCUGCUGAGGACGACUGGCCACCCUUCCGCAAGGUGGGCUGCUUUGACCCCUACAGUGAUGAUCCCCGGCUUGGUGUGCAGAAGGUUGCGCUCUGCAAGUACACAGCUCAGAUGGUGGUGGCUGGCACUGCAGGCCAGGUGCUGGUGCUCGAGCUCAGCGAUGUGCCGACAGAGCAGGCAGUUAGUGUGGCCAGUGUAGACCUCCUCCAGGAUCGAGAAGGCUUCACGUGGAAGGGCCACGAGCGGCUGAGCCCACGUACAGGGCCACUGCCUUGGCCUGCUGGCUUCCAGCCCCGUGUGCUCGUACAGUGCCUGCCACCUGCUGCUGUCACCGCCGUCACACUCCACGCCGAAUGGAGCCUUGUAGCCUUUGGCACCAGCCAUGGCUUUGGCCUGUUUGACUACCAGCGCAAGAGCCCAGUGCUGGCCAGGUGUACUCUUCAUCCCAAUGACUCCCUGGCCAUGGAGGGGCCACUGUCCCGGGUGAAGUCCCUUAAGAAGUCACUGCGCCAGUCUUUCCGGCGUAUCCGCAAGAGCCGCGUCUCAGGCAAGAAGCGUGUGGCUAAUGCCAACAGCAAGUUGCAGGAGGCCAAUGCACAGCUGGCUGAACAGGCCUGUCCCCAUGAUGUUGAGAUGACACCCGUGCAGCGCCGCAUCGAGCCCCGCUCUGCUGAUGAUUCCCUCUCUGGUGUCGUGCGCUGCCUCUACUUUGCUGACACAUUCCUUCGAGAUGCAGCCCACCAUGGGCCCACCAUGUGGGCAGGCACGAACUCGGGCUCCGUGUUUGCUUAUGCGCUGGAGGUGCCAGCAGCUGUGGCAGGUGGUGAGAAGCGGCCUGAGCGGGCAGUGGAGGCUGUGCUGGGCAAGGAGGUGCAGCUGAUGCAUCGGGCACCUGUGGUGGCCAUCGCUGUGCUGGAUGGGCGUGGUCGCCCACUGCCUGAGCCCUAUGAGGCCUCUCGGGACCUGGCACAGGCGCCUGAUAUGCAGGGUGGGCAUGCUGUGCUCAUCGCCUCUGAGGAACAGUUCAAGGUGUUCACACUGCCUAAGGUGAGUGCCAAGACGAAGUUCAAGCUGACAGCCCACGAGGGCUGUCGUGUACGCAAGGUGGCUCUGGCCACAUUUGCCAGUGUGGCCUGUGAGGACUAUGCCGAGACCUGCCUGGCCUGCCUCACAAACCUGGGUGAUGUGCACGUGUUUUCGGUGCCUGGCCUGCGGCCCCAGGUGCAGUACUCCUGCAUCCGGAAGGAGGACAUCAGCGGCAUUGCCUCAUGUGUCUUCACGCGCCAUGGCCAAGGCUUUUACCUGAUCUCACCAUCAGAAUUUGAACGCUUCUCCCUGAGUGCCCGCAAUAUCACAGAGCCACUUUGCUCUCUGGACAUCAGCUGGCCCCGUGAUGCCACCCAGGCUAGGGUCCAAGAGUCACCCAAGCUGAGCCAGGCUAAUGGGAACCCAAGCAUCAUCCUGGCUCCACAGAGUCGUGAUGGAAGUCCUGAUCCUGCCCACAAGGGAGCUGACACCCCAGAGCCACCUGAGGCCACUCUCUCACCCAUGUCCAUCGACUCAGCCACCAGUGCCGACACCACUCUGGACACAACAGGGGAUGUCACAGUGGAGGAUGUGAAGGAUUUUCUGGGGGCAACAGCAUCUGCCGUAUCCCUGGCCCGGGGUGCGGAUGGGGCAGGCUUACACUGAGCCUGACAGCUGGUUCCUAGAACAUCCCCCACUCUGCCAAUGGUGUGGCCUGGGGCUGAGUGCUGCUGGGUGCUGGGACACUGGUGAGUAAUAAAGUAGGGCUGUCACCUGUGCACACUUUCAGUGAGCAGGUGGUGGAUGGAGGCACCUCUUGUCAAGGGCCUGAGGCCUAAAAGCCACUGCUUAGGCCAGGGGCUGGCGAAAGGUGCUCCAGGCAUGGAAACAGCGGGUAAAGGCAUGCUGCUCGUUGCCCUUGCGGACCAGGCGCAGGUGGCGGGGUCGCUCGUGCUCUUUGGAGCUCAUGUGCUGGAUGUACACCUGGAAAGGAAGGAGAACAGUGGCUACAGGAAGUCUUCCCAGACCCCAAGACCUGCCUUGUGCAUCUGUCCCCACUCACCUGGCAGGCCUUCAGACUCAGUUUAAUCUCCACUUGGCUUGUCUGGGUCCCUACCCACAUGUAGACCUGGCAGGGACAAUAGGCAAGGUGGUCACACAGGUGAGUGGGAAUGUGCCUCUUGUGAUUCUGUAAUUCCUAUUUCCAAAUGGAGGGGCUCCUCCUCUAACAGGCAGGGUCAGUGAGAUGGGGGUGGUGUCUCACCUCUUGGCCAUUGUCUAGCAACAUGAUGUCAUCAUCUGCCAGGUCAUCUUGACAAAAGUCAGAGCAUUUCUCAGUCACUGCAAAGUAGCCCUUCUCAUUGGAGCACCUAGGGGUCAAAAUGAGGCCAAGGUCACAUGCAACAGGGUCAGGACGAAGAAGGAAGCUGGGGGAGUGGACAGGGCCCUACCGGAAGAGCCGUGUGUGCUUCAUGUACUCAGCGUCAUCGUCAUAGGGCUUCUGUGCCCCUAUUCCGACCCAAAAGAAGUUCUCAGGUUCCUCACCUUCGUUGAUGACCUGUGGGAGGGUCAGUUCAGCCCAAAGCUCACAUGCUCUGGCUCACCUGCCCACCUACCCCCACCUCACCUGUUUGCUGUAGGAGGUGUCAAACAUGGUGUUCAGAAUGUCUUCUGCCAGUUUGGCUUCAUCGGGGUCUGAUGCCCUUCCCACCCAAGCAUACACAAUGCCUUGGUUGUCCUCACUCUCAAAGGGAACCUGUGGAGUGUACAGGGGCUUUGGGUCAUGACCAACACCCCAUCUGCCAUCUUGCUCUGUGGUCCUGGCUCACACCCACACCCCACCUUGAGGAUGAAGCAGAACUCUGAGUUGAGGAGGCUGGAGUCAGUGUUGAUCUGGAUGCACCUGGGUGAGGAGGGGUGUCAGUAAAGAGACAGGGCUUGCUCCCCGACUCCUGCCAACCACUGCCCACCCCAUCAGGCACCGGGUGCAGAGGGCACUGCCGUUGGUCCGGAUCUGGUAGAGGCUUGGUUGCAGGGUGCCCUGGGCCACCUUUCUUUUGCCCCGGUGGAUGAUAAACUUUCUCUUGAAAUGGGACAGGAACUUGGGGUUCUCCUGCUGCUGCGUCAUUCGUACCACCUGAGGAUGUGGAAGAAUCAGGGGCAGCCCCCUAGAUCCCAAGCCUCCCUUGGACUGGGUCCCACUCCCCUUGCUUCCAAGGUCAUGGGAACACAGCCCCGAGUACAGCUGGGUGUACCUCCAGCUUGCCAGGGAAGAGGCUCUCAAACUUCUUCUGCAGACUGAAGGUGAAGGUGAGCCAGCCCAUGUUGGAGGCUUCCCGACCCUGCCAGAAGUACACGAUGCACUGGAAGUCCUCCUCGGGCUGCUUCUCCUCGGCCUCCACCGCUGCGUCCUCGCCUUCUUUGCCCUCUGCCCCGGCCUUUCCAUCCUCCUUGCCUUCCUUCUCCUCCUCCUCGUACUCCACGGGUACCCAGUACCUGUGGGGUUAGAGGUUAGUGAACAGGAGCUGGAACCCCCAAUCCCAGAGGAAGACGAGAGGGAGGCGUGCUUUGGUGGCACCUGCAGAGGAAAACGUAGCAGUCCUGCGUGUAGAAGUGGCCGAACUCCUCCUCAGGCAGCCGUGCAAAUUUCUUGCCCUCCAGCACGAAGCCCUCCAUGCCAUCAAGGUCCUCGUUCCAUUCCUCCAUGAGCUGUUCCGCCUGCAGGUGGCAGUACGUGCCCCCAUGGGCCUAACUCACUUGGCCCCUCCCUGGCCCUACCUCGGCCCCGCCCAGCACCCAGGCCCCACCCACCUCGGCCAAUGCCAUUGGCGGCUGCCUUGGCAGGAAGAGCGCGGUGAGGUCCGCCUUCAUCUGGUCUUUCUUCUCCGCAUCACGCUUCACCUUCCCAGAGAGCCCGGGGCCCUGGAGGACAGCCUCCGCGUUGCGCGUGUAGUCCACGGUCAACACGUCGUCCCAAUUCUUGAACUUGGCCUUGAACACCUAAGGGAGAGCAGCGGGGAGAGGUCCAGCAGAGUUAAUCUUAGGGUUCGAAGGUUGGGGCCCAAGGGCUGGGGUCAGGGGAGGACGUGGGGUGGGCCUGGGGAGGUGGAGUCUAAGAAACAGAACUAGGAGGGGCAGUUUGUAGAAGAGGUGGUUCCACAGAAAGGUUUGGACCCGUUCUGCAGGUUAGCAGAGCAACCAACCACAGAGGGGCCAGGGGACCCUGGGGUAUGCAGAUAGAGGGAAGCUGGCCUCUGGAUCCCGGAGCACACCUGCGCCUCGGUACCCUCGAGGCUGCGGCUGACCGUGGCGUGGCGUGGUCGGUGCAGCAUCCCACACAGUUCCUGGCCCAGCUUGAGCGCAGCAGCACGCACUAGGCGUGGGGACUUGCGGCCAAGCCAGAUGAACACGUCGGACCAACAGUCCAGGAUGUACACACAGCGCGUGUCCAGCAGGCUCUGCAGCUGGAGAUCAGAGGCUGGAGGUAAAUACUUGCCACCUGGAAGAGAUCCCAGCCCCGUACCCGGUUCUGUGCACCUCACCAGCCGCAUCCCAGGCAUCAGCUCCACUUUGGGCCGCUUCUUAUGUUCCACGGAGAGCUUGUAGUUGAUCUGCGGCAGCUCCAGGUAGCCCAGGCCCAGGCCCACCUGGCAGGAGGAAGAGAUGGGCACGGCAAAGACUGGGUCCGGGACAUCAGCCCCACCCACAACAGCCUUCUGAUUUGGAGUCCAGCCUCCUUUGCUCAAGCCACAUCCGUUCAUCUUGAGAUCUGUUUUUUCCUUUUCUACCCCAAAGUCUUUUUAAGGAUACUCUAUGGAAGGGCUUUUAUUUAUUUAUUUAUUUUUGGUACUGGGGAUGGAAACCAGGUCUUGCCAGGUACUUUACUACUGAGCUAUAUCCCCAGCCAGUGGAAGGGCUUUUAUUUCUAUUUUUAAAAAUUUAUUAUUAUUAUAAUUUAAAAAGAUUUUUUUAGAUGUU